AUGGCCAACGGCAAAGCAGCCCUCAUCCGCAGGAGAUCCAAGACUCCUGGCGUGAUGAUCACACAAUAUGAGGUGAGCUUGCCAGAGGGUAAGAGCACCCCAGAUUUCCAGUCUGCACCAGUUCCUGUGACCAUCAAGGAAGGGAAAUUAGCGGUUUUUAAGGCCAUGGUGAGGGGGGACCCAAAACCAGAGGUGUCAUGGAGAAGAGCUAAAGGAAAUAUUUCUGACAAGGACAAAUAUCAGACUAAAUAUGAAAAAUCAACUGGGGAGUAUAUAUUAGAGAUUCACAAAGUGUCUGCUGCUGACACUGAUACAUACAAAUGCUGUGCUGUAAACGAGUAUGGCAAAGCCGUCUGCACAGCUACAUUAAGUGUAGCUGAUGCUUCUACAAAUCCAUCAGAUUUCAGAAAACUGUUAAGGAAAAGUAAAGCAGAGCAAGCAGAUGGAGAAACUGAUGAAACAUUCUGGGAUGCAAUGCUGGAUGCUGACACAAGAGACUAUGAGCGCAUCUGUAGUGAGUUUGGUGUCACAGAUUUGUAUAUGGUUCUCAAGAAACUAGAAGAGAAGAAGAGGCAGAGGAUGGAAAAUAAGUGCAAGGAUGGUGCGAUUCCCUCUGAUGAAAAUUCAACAGAGAAGCACAAUGUUAAUGGUGUUGCAAGGACAAAAGAUUUCAGUAUAAAGAGCGUGUUACAAGAGAACACAGGGCUGACUCAGCUGGAUGUUGAAAAGCUUGACCUCCUCCAAACAGCCCUGAAUCAGGCAGAUUCUGAAGAAAUCAAGCUUCUGCUUACAGAGUUUAAACUUUCAAAUGUGGACUUUGUUGUCAAAAUCCAGGAGAUUAAAGCACAGGAAAGAGAGGAUGCCCUCUUUGAGUGUCUCCUGACACACCCACUGCCCAGUAUUACAUGGAUGGGAAAGGGCAGCACUCUGGAGGAUGGAGAAAAAUACAGCAUAACAGUGUCAGACCAUAAACUGAUCCACAGGCUGUUGAUCAAGGACUGCAUGCAGCUGGACAAAGGCAUCUAUUCAGCUGUGGCUGGCAUUACUUCCUGCAACGCCUGGCUCGUCGUGGAAGCUGACAGUGACCCCACACCUGCCUGUAAGAAGAAACCUCGUAGAACAGCCGUGGCGGGUGGGGCACAGAUCGACCUUGACAAAGUGGCCAAAGAGCAACAAAUGAAAAACCAAGAGGAGAUGGAGAAGAUUUUAGCAGCUGUUAAGGAAAAGCGUAAAAGACAAGGUCCACUGAUAGAAGACCUGGUGAUUGGUGAUUAUCAACUGUUUAUGAUAGAUCCAGGGGUCCAUUUCAUCUGUGGAUUGUCUGAUGUCAGUGCUAUCAUCAGUGAGAAUGCUGAAUUAACAUGUAAGCUCAGCAGUGGAGACUGUGACGGAGCCUGGUUCAGAGACGGAAAAAAGAUAUCCCCAGAUGACAAUUUCAUUAUCACUAAAGAUGGUGCGAUCCAUAAAUUAAUGAUAAUCAGGUGCACGGAGGAGCACUCUGGGAAAUAUCGCUUUGAAGCAGAUGGUCGUAAAACAGAGGCGAUGAUCAACGUCAAAGAUCCUCCAAGGUUUGACUGUGAGGACCUCAGUGCCUUCACUGAGCCUGUUAUCGUCAAAGUGGGGCACAACGCCAUCUUCAAACUGCAUUUUGUUGGCCAUGAGCCCAUCAAGAUUCAGUGGUACAGGGAGGGGGAUGAGCUCCACGAUGACAGCAACACAAAGAUAGAGAGAUUUGCGAGUCACAGCCGCUUGCUCCUCAGCAGGUGCCAGAGGAAGGAAACAGGAGAGAUCAAGAUCAAGCUCAAGAACGAACACGGCUUUACUGAGGCUAUUUCACAGCUAAUUGUGCUUGCGUUUCCCGGGCCUCCUGCACCCCCAAAGGUGGUCAGUGCCUACGACGACUGCAUCAACCUUUGCUGGACUUCACCAAUCAACACAGGAGGUUCCCGUAUCCUGGGUUACAUUCUGGAGAAACGCAAAAAGGGGAGUAAUCUCUGGACAGUGGUCAACGCCGUGGAUGGGCUGAUAAAAGAGAAGAAAUAUGGCGUGAAGGAUGUUGUAGCAGGUAUGGAAUAUGAAUUCAGAGUUACUGCCAUAAACCUCUCAGGACCUGGUGAAUCUAGCAACCCCUCGGAGUUUGUUUUUGCACGGGAUCCCAAGCAGCCUCCCGGUAAAGUUACAGGCCUGAAGGUGACAGAAACAUCUUACACCCACCUGGUCCUGACUUGGACUAAACCUGAGGAGAAACCAGGGAUACAGGAUGAAGCCAAAGGAUAUUUUGUAGAAAUUCGACAGGCCGACUGUAUUGAAUGGUCCCGCUGUAUCAGCAUCCCGAUCAUCAUGACUUCCUUUAGUGUGAAAGGCCUCAAGUCCAUGGAGAUGUACUGGGUGAGGGUGAUUGCGAUUAAUGAUGGAGGAGAGAGUGCACCCGAGGAGCUGGCCAACUACGUGCUUGCUAUGCCCUCACCAGUGAGGCCAAAGUUCACAAACCACAAGAUGAAGAGUUUUGUGGUCGUCAGGGCAGGAAACUCUGUCAGGAUCACAGUUCACUUUGAGGCCUCCCCACGGCCAACUAUCGUGUGGCUAAAGGACAACGUGCCAGUGGCAAAGCGAGCUACAAUAAGCAACUCUGACGGCUCAUCUCAGUUGCUGAUCCCCUCCUCUGAACGCUCUGAUUCUGGCAUCUACUCGAUCCUGGUGAAAAAUCUCGCAGGACAAGAGACAUUCAGUACAGAAGUCAGAGUCACAGAUGAUCCGAAGCCUCCUGGUCUGGUGGAACUGGAGGAAAACGUGCCCGGCACAGUGACGGUGAUGUGGGAACCAUCUCCUGAUGAGAAGCGCGAUGACCGCCUCCACUACACAGUGUCCAAACUGGACUCCACCAAAAACACCUGGACCACAGUGGCUGACAGACUCUUCAAUAACAAGGUCACAGUCUGCAAUAUCAUGCACGGGAGGGAAUAUCAUUUCCGGGUCUAUGCCAAAAAUGACAUUGGCAUAUCUGCACAUUCGGAAUCACCGACGUGGGGGAUGGAGAAGAAGAAACAAAAGUUUGUGGUGAACAUAGCGACCAUGAAGGACUGUGAUCUGCGAUGUGCUCCAACUUUCAUCGUCCCCUUGAAGCUUCGCACGGCACCCAAAGGCUACGAGUGCUACAUGAGCUGCGCAGUGAAGGGAGAUCCCACACCUCGUAUCACGUGGUAUCGAAAUCACAUCAGUCUGAACACUAACACCAACUAUUACAUCUCCAACACGUGUGGGGUUUGCUCCAUGUUGAUCCUCCGCGUGGGCCCCAAAGACGUGGGAGAGUACACCAUCACUGCAGAGAACAACCUGGGCCGGGCUGAGAGCUCCACCAUCCUCAGUGUCAGAGGUGAGACUGCGACACAACUUUAA